CGCGCUAUGGGUUCACCUUAGCUCUACCCAGAUUGGAGGAGGAGGGAUUUCGUUUUAAGGAGCGUUACACACACGGAAACACCGGAUUAAACUUUUAUGCCUGGAGCUAUACGACUCGGAGUGCGCCGUGACUGAGAGAAAGUUCGCUGGAAGUGCAAUGAUGGGCACGCUGCGCGACCUGCAGUACGCGCUCCAGCAGAAGAUCGAAGAGCUGCGACAGAGGGACACGCUCAUAGACGAACUGGAGGCAGAGCUGGAUCAAAAGGACGAGCUCAUCCAGAGACUGCAGAACGAGCUGGACAAGUACCGCUCCGUCAUCAAGCCCGCCACGCAGCAGGUCCACAAGCACAACCAGCUCCGCGAGCACCAGCGCUCCAAGAGACAGGCCAUCUCCGCCGAGCCCACCGCCAACAUCCUGAGCCAUGACAAGCUGCCCUUCUACGACAAGAGUGCAGAGUCCAAGGAGCUGAUCAAGGAAGCCAUCAAGGACAAUGACUUCAUGAGCAACCUGGAGGCGUCUCAGAUCCAGGAGAUCGUGGACUGCAUGUACCCGGUGGAGUACGCCAAGCACAGCCUCAUCAUCAAGGAGGGAGAUGUGGGCUCUCUGGUCUACGUCCUGGCAGAUGGCAGAGUGGAGGUGCUGAAGGAGAAUGCCCUGCUCGGAGAGAUGUCAGCGGGGAAGGUGUUUGGAGAACUGGCCAUUCUGUACGACUGCACCAGGACGGCCACUGUCAAGGCUGUUACCGACGUGAAGCUGUGGGCCAUCGACCGGCAAUGUUUUCAGACCAUCAUGAUGAGGACAGGGCUAAUCAAGCAGACAGAGUAUAUGGAGCUGCUCAAAAGUGUGCCUACGUUCCAUGAUCUACAAGAGGACAUUCUCAGCAAAAUGGUGGACAUCCUUGAAGAGACGACUUACGAAGAGGGAGAGUACAUCAUCCGACAGGGGGCCAGAGGAGACACCUUCUUUAUCUUCACCAAAGGAAAGGCUGACGUGACCAGGUUUGAGCGGGUGGGUGGAGAAGCAGUGUACGUCCGUAGCCUGGCCAGAGGAGACUGGUUUGGAGAAAAAAUAUUCCAAGGAGAGGACCUGAGGACGGCCAACGUGAUCGCGGCAGAAGCAGUCACAUGUCUCGUCAUUGACCUGGAAUCCUUCAACAAACUGAUCGGAGGGUUUGACGAUAAUUCUAGUAAGGGCCAUGAGGACGCUGAUGCUAAAGCCAAGUAUGAAGAGGAGAAUGCCUUUUUCUCCAACCUCAACCUGGCUGACUUCAACAUCAUCGACACACUGGGGGUGGGAGGUUUCGGGCGCGUAGAGCUGGUUCAGCUGAAGAGUGAUGAGAAUAAGACGUUUGCCAUGAAGAUCCUGAAGAAGAGGCACAUUGUGGACACACGGCAGCAGGAGCACAUACGCUCAGAGAAGCUCAUCAUGCAGGAGGCUCACUCGGACUUCAUUGUUAGACUUUAUAGAACAUUCAAGGACAGCAAGUACCUCUAUAUGUUGAUGGAAGCGUGUUUAGGAGGAGAACUGUGGACCAUCCUUCGAGACAGGGGCUCAUUUGAAGAAUCCACCACCAGGUUUUACACAGCAUGUGUGGUGGAAGCCUUCGCCUACUUGCAUUCCAAAGGCAUCAUCUACAGAGACCUCAAACCAGAGAACCUUAUCCUGGACCACAAAGGCUACGCCAAACUGGUGGACUUUGGCUUUGCUAAGAAGAUUGGAUUUGGGAAGAAAACAUGGACAUUCUGUGGUACACCUGAGUACGUAGCACCAGAAAUCAUUCUCAACAAGGGCCAUGACAUCUCAGCUGACUACUGGUCACUAGGAAUUCUCAUGUAUGAACUCCUCACUGGCAGCCCUCCAUUCACUGGCACAGAUCCUAUGAAAACCUACAACAUCAUCCUUAAAGGCAUUGACAUGAUCGUCUUUCCAAAGAAAAUUACCAAAAAUGCUCUCAACUUAAUCAAAAAGCUAUGCAAGGAUAAUCCUUGUGAAAGACUAGGAAACUUGAAGAAUGGUGUCAAAGACAUCCAAAAGCACAAAUGGUUUGAGGGCUUUAACUGGGAGGGUCUAAAGAAGGGGACAUUGACACCUCCUAUCAUACCUACUGUGACAUCAGCAGUCGAUACGAGUAACUUCGACAGUUUCCCGGAGGACAAUGAGGACCCGCCCCCUGACGAUAACUCCGGGUGGGAUGUAGAUUUCUGAAGCACCCUCAUCUUCCUUAAAAAAAACAGAUAUUCUUUUUACUGGCUUGGAGGAAGACAUACUUGUAGCUGUGUUGUAUUCAAACGGCAUUCAAAAAAGACUGGAUUUUUGGAUCGUAGAUGGCACACCGCUGGCUCACCGAUAUGCCUUUAUUUCACUGUGGCUGAAGCUGUGGAUCAAGCGUUUUUAAUGGGACUGCUGUAGCACUACUUCAGUGUUGUCUUAUAUUUGGUUUCAAAGGCAAAGAACGUGCAGGGAUACACACACACAUACAACACAAUGAGCUAACAAUGGAGCCAGUGUAGAUUUGAAAAUUCUGUUUUCGGGUGACAACAUUAUGAAUGGUUAGAAACAGAAGAGAUUUUCAUUUUGUUUCAGAAAGUUUGCUGGACAAUUUUGGGGCCAUUCCCUAACAAACGGUACAGAGGAAGAAAAACUAAACUAAGUGCUCAAGACUAUGAAUGUCUGAUAUUUAUUUGAGGAGAAAGGAGUGGUACAUAUAGCAUUUGAAUUCACACUCAUGGGCGUUAAGACUGACAGCUAGAACUUAGUACACUUUCUAUACAGACAAAUUGUAGUUUUCAGAAGCACAAUACACUGUGCGUUCAGACGAGAUUCUCCAAGUGCCCUGCAUUGAAUUUCUAAGUAUACCACACACCGACCUGUGAGAAUUGUCAGCUAGCAUUACCAUAAAGCAAUUUGUCAUUAUGCACUUAUGACCAUUUACUGAUAAAAUAUUGUGUUGCCGCUUUUUUGCAUUUGUGUGGGUCACUUUCAGUUUUACUUUUAUUUUCUCUAAAAAGCUUAACGUCACACUUGAAUGCUUCUUGUUUUUGAAUCACCCAAUUGCCUCUUCCUUCUCAAACCAGAAUUCCUCUUCUUCUUCUUCUUCUCCCAACCUCUAUAGAUCUGACUUAACUGUGAACCCUGGUUUCAGUGUCUUUGGUGCUGUUAAUGACAAAUUACAAUAGACCGUGAGUUGACAGUACAUGUUUUGUAUAGUGAUUAUUUUGUGCUUGGUUUCUUUUGGUCUUUGUAAGAUUAUUCUGAACAAUUUGGAGUUUUAUUGUUUGUUACUUAAUUCAGUGGAUAUUUUUUUUUACAAUGUUGAGCAGUGCAAAGUGGUUUUGUCCAUGUUUUGAUCAUACAUUGAUUCACUGACAUCCCAACUUACCAGCCAUUUUAGCUUCACAUUUCAUCUUAAAAUUAUACAAUGCAAAAAAGGAAUAUUUACUAUAGUUAAUGACUUACAUACAUACAGAAAUAACCAGAAAAGAGUUACAUAAUCUACACCAAAUAAAUUAAAACAAGACAAAUUAUGAAUUCCAAAUAAUUUAAAGGUGCAUUAUGUAACUUUUUGGUUGGGGGUUCAUUACCUGCUUGUUUCCAUGGACAUGUCACUGCUCUGCCUGGAAUGUUCUACAG